UGGCGGCGGCUUCGAAUGCGGCCUAGGGCGGCAGUCACGGCGGCCCUCCCUCGGCUCCAGCCUGGGUCGCGGGGACCUCUCCGACCUUACCCUGGAGACACCGUCGCCCGGAUCCCGACCCUCCCCCCGGCCAAGUCCGAGGCCCCGGUGACCCCUCGAGGGGGGCCUGCCGGGCCAGCCCGCCGUCGCCAUGGCAUGCAGUUUGCAGAAGCUGUUUGCUGUGGAAGAGGAGUUUGAAGAUGAGGAUUUCUUGUCUGCCGUGGAGGAUGCAGAGAACCAGUUUGCCGGUGUGAAUGCCGGGUGCCUGAGACCUGUCUCUUCCAGGCCACAGGAGACUGUGCAGGCACAGUCUUCCAGGCAGCUGCCAUCAUGUUCCACUGCUCCUUCAGAGGCCUUGGGCCUGCCAGCCCUGGGACUCCGCCUUUCUACCUCCAGCAUGCCGGAGGCCUCCAGGGGUCCACCUUCCACAGGAACAGCCCCCCUAAGGCCUGUCUUGACUUCCAGCAGCUGGACUGGCAAUCCAAGAAAAGUGACCUUGACAGAAGUGUUCAAACAGCCAGCAAGACCCCAGUUCUCAGCCUCCCACCCUCUGCUCACCUUCGAGAGCCAACAGCAGGUGAUUGGUGGCUUUGAGGGGUCUGAACAAGAUGAAUUUGAUAAGGUCCUGGCAAGCAUGGAGCUGGAGGGGCCUGGCCCAGAGCUGGAACAUGGAAUUAGCGGUGAGGCCACAAGAAUCCUGCCCACCUGGCAGCAGGAGGACUCAGUAUUGGCUAAAAAGGCCCGGGGAGCUGAUCUGAGCAGAUCUUGCCAAAAGGGACCCAUGCCUGCCACCCAUGUAUGUGGUAUCAUGUCAGCGGAGAAUGAGCCUCUAGGCCCUGUUCACUGUAGGACUCCACAGCCCUGCUUGAGCCCUGGUGCCGUGGGUAACCUUCCUGUCCCAACCGCCUCAACAGUUCCUGCUCAGCAACCCCCCUGGGAAGUCUGUUCCAAAGGUCCCCUUCUUCGAGCACCCCAGCCUCUCCAAGCUGCUUGCGGGCCUGUUCAGCGCAGCCCUCAAAAUCGUUUCCCCAGUCAGCCAUUCCAGUCUCCAAAUGCCCACUUAAGUGGCAAAGCUCGUUUUCCUGGACCACGCACUCCCAACUCAAGCUGUUCUCCUCCCUCAAGGCCUACCUCUGCAUCGUUUCCUCGGGGGCCCGUACAACCCCGAGCUCCACUGUGUUCUGCCAAGUCUCCUUUCGGCACCCUAAAGAGCUCUCAUUCCUCCCCGGUUCCCCAAGCAGCUCUGCAGACGCCCGUCGUUACCAACCACCUGGUGCAGCUGGUCACUGCUGCCAACCGGACACCCCAGCAGCCCACCCGCACCUCCACCCGCACCAAGACACGCCGCUUCCCUGGCCCAGCAGGGAUCCUGCCUCACCAGCACAGUGAGAAAAAUCUGGAGGAGAUCAUGGUUUCUACGCCCCAGACUCCAACUCACGGUGCUUUGGCUAAGUUCCGGACAGAGAUCGUUACUAGCUCCCAGGCAGUGGUGGAGGAGGAUUUUGGGCGAGGGCCCUGGCUGACCAUGAAAUCUGCUCUGGGCCUGGAUGAGAGAGACCCCACCUGCUUCCUCUGUACCUAUAGCAUCGUCAUGGUGCUGCGGAAGGCAGCCCUGAAGCAGCUUCCCAGGAAUAAGGUCCCCAACAUGGCGGUGAUGAUCAAGUCCCUGACUCGAAGCACAAUGGACGCCAGUGUGGUUUUCAAGGACCCCACGGGAGAGAUGCAGGGCACAGUGCAUAGGUUGCUGCUUGAGACACGCCAGAAUGAGCUGAAGCCUGGCUCAGUGCUGCUGCUAAAGCAGAUUGGAGUGUUUUCUCCUUCACUCCGAAAUCACUACCUCAAUGUGACCCCCAACAACCUGGUCCACAUUUACAGCCCAGAUUCUGGGGAUGGGAACUUCUUCAAGCCGCCUCAGCCCUUCCCCGAGGAUCCAGGAUGCUUCCACGGCAGCCUCCAGCAUGAGACUGAGAAGCCCAGGAAAGGCCUCAGAACAGCACAGAGCCCAGAGGCAGGGGCACCCCCUGAGGAAGAACUCCCAGAAGCAGAUGACCUGGAUGGACUCCUGAGCGAACUCCCUGAGGACUUCUUCUGUGGGACCAGCAGCUGGGACUGCCACGAGGCAGGGCACCCACCAUGAGCAGGCAGCCUCUCAGUGUCCAAGCAAGGCACUGGUCGUCUGUGAUUGUGUCCAAGGGAGAGAGGAAGACCAGCACAAUUGGAGCAUAGACAAAGCUCGGGGCUUCUGUGGUUGUUCCCACCAUGGACACUUUCCCCAACAACGUCCCUCAGAUUCUGCACUGCCAUCACUUUUGACUUACUUUGGCACACCAGAACUCGGCCCAGGAGGGCCCUCUAGCCCUGCGCCUCCAAGUCCUUGAGUGUCUCCUUUCUUCUCCUCCUGCCGACGGGGAAGCUAUGUCACAUUCCCCCCUCAGCUCGACUUUAGAGGACAUUGGGCCUAGUCCCUUUACUCCCUCGUCCCUGGACAGCUGAGGAGCCGAAGGAGCCACACCACAGCAGUGGCCACCUGUCCCUCUGGACAGGGAAGGAACAUCCUCAGACUUCCCUCGGCUUUGUCUCCUGAGGCCUGUAGCUGCUCAGCUCGCCUGUGCCCGUGGCUGCCAGGUGUGGGAGCAGGGGUGUGGCUGUGGUGUCUUGUUCUGAAAUAAAGCAGCUGCCUGUUUCCCCUGCCUCCCUCUCCUUCCCACCCUCGCUGCUCCUUGUCCUGUCUGUCCUACCUGUGGUGCUUGGCCAGGGCACAACCAAGCUAUUCAUUUGCUUUCUCAAUCUCGCUCUCUUUUUUUUUUAUGAACUUUUUCUUUCAGACAGUUUUAGAUUUACAGAAUUAUUGCAAAGAUAUUACAGGGAGUUCCCAUAUACCCCACCCGCAGUUUGCUCUAUUAUUGCCAUCUUACAUUGGUAUGGUAGAUUUGUCACAAUUAAAGAACCAGUACUGAUAUAUUAUUAUUAA